AUGGGGCCACAUAUCAACAUAUCAAGUGGCAACAUAUCAAGUGUUUGUCCUGGUACAGCUGCUAGCUGGCCAGGUUCAUCAUAUAAUCCAGCCUUUCCAAGUAUCGAGGAGGGUCACACGAGUACAAGGAACGCUCAAGGGAAAUUUCAGCGAGAGGGUCUUCUAGGCCCUCUAGAUGAUUACUUGCUACAGCCCCUUCAGAACGGAAGUUAUUUCGAGAUAAAAGUAACAAAAGCAGAGAUGAGCCUUUCAUUAGAUGACAAACUUCAUUCUCUGAAGCCUUGCUCCUCUACAUGCAAUAACUUGUGGGAUGGAUUUGGUCGGUGGAGGAAUGACACUUGGCGGCCCUACCUUGAAAAAUCAUACAACUGGUCUUUACCAGCAAACCAUAGCUCUUCUGGCACUUUCUGGGUGUACGGUGAUUCACUAGGGGUUCGCUUUUAUCAUUCAAUCAGCUCUCGAGCCCUUUGUAAGAAGCUGUACUUGAAAUGCAAAAACAGUUAUAACUGGCUCUAUCCAGUAACCACCGAACAAGAAAGCAGGAAGAAAAACGAUAGCCUCGACUUCCGCGCUGAGAAAGUCUUAAAGGCCAUUCGCGGAGUCCUUAAUACGAGAGAAUUACAGCAAUCUUCCAGUAUAUUACUUUUAAACCUUGGACUUCAUUAUCCUGUCAGCGUGAAUUUUACAACUUUCCAGAAGGUCAUCGGAGAGGUCAUAAACUUGUUGAAAGAGACACAAGUCGACUCACAGGGCAAAGAAGGUCUAAUGUAUAAGGCAAAGAUCAUCUGGAAGUCAACUACAGCUUUAUGUAAGCAUCAUGGAAAGAAAUUUAACCCAACAGAUAGCAGGUUCCUUACACCGCAGCAAGUUCUUUUGUUCAGCGCCUACGCCUUGUCAGCCAUGUGUCAAGCGGGUUUUGACGUCAUAGACGUGUACCCAAUGACAGACUCGUAUCCGGGGGGUACGUUGGCUAAUGACGUCGUUCACUAUCCAGACAAAGUGUUUAGUACCUUGGAAACGCUUUUCGAGAAGUAUACAGUAAACAGAAUUCAAAGAAUAGGAACGGAUGAUAGCAAGAUUAGAAUUAGGCGAUGUACCAGCUGA